AGACAUUUAAAAUCAAUAUUCUUGCUCGAUCUAAGUUUAAAUUACGCGCACACAAUGAGAUUCAGAUCUUUAAUCUAUUCGGAGAUUCUUCUGUUACGGUUUGUGCAGUUUUUAUGCCUUUCACAGGGUUAUGAUUUCUUUUACUUUGUUCAAAUGUGGGCAGGUUCGUAUUGUGACACGAAAAAAGGCUGCUGCUACCCGACUACUGGAAAGCCAACAACUAAUUUUACCAUUCACGGACUUUGGCCUCAUUACAGCAAUGACAAAUCCCCAUCAAAUUGCAAUGGUAAUAGCCCUUUCGACCAAACCAAGAUCUCAGACUUGAUGAGCAGAAUGCAAAAUAGUUGGCCGACAGUAGCUUGUCCCAAGAACAGUGGAACGAAGUUUUGGUCGCAUGAAUGGAAAAAACAUGGGACUUGUUCCGAGUCAGUACUUGACCAACAUGCAUACUUUGAAGCCGGUCUCAACAUUAAGGAUAAGGUUAACCUCCUUCAAAUACUUGAAAAUGCCGGAAUAAAACCAGAUGACAAGUUUUACAAGGUAGAUGACAUUAAGGAGGCUAUAAAAGCAGGCACUGGACACACUCCAGCGGUAGAGUGCAACAAUGAUCCAUCACGAAGCUCUCAACUCUACCAGGUUUAUCUUUGUGUUGAUACUUCUGGUUCAGACAUAAUUGAGUGUCCAGUGAUUCCAAUUAGAAAAUGCAAUGCCUCAAUACAGUUCCCCAUCUUCUAGCCAUUGGAGUACUGAAUUUGAAGAUGAAUAAAAUUAGUGAGAUUCUCGACUUUUAUUAAUGUGUUGCUUUGUUUCUGUAUGUCCUGAAUUUUGGCAUGCAUUAUGCUGCCAAGGAGUAAUGAAUAAAGUAAUUAUUUUUUA